ACGUUGGUCCAGUAUAUAUAACAGGUGACCCUGAAGUGGCAAAACGAACAGUGAACUCUCUCCGAGCAAAUGGUGGAGGUGAUUGCCCAGAAUUGGGCAUGACUGGUCUUUAUUUAGCUAUUCUUAACAGUCUACCUAAUUCUGAUGUGUAUUAUUUCACUGACGCGGGAGCCAAAGAUAUCCAUCUAAUAUUCUCUGUGAUAUCAGUCGCAUUGCAAAAAGAAUGUAGAAUUUAUCUUUUUAUCAGUGGUCAAUGCACUUUAACAGAGCGAGAAGUGUAUGACACACUAGCCAGCGCAACUGGAGGACAACGCAUAGAGUAUUCAAAGUCUGACAUUAACGAAGCUAUCAAGCUUCUUCGUCCCGCAAAUGUUUCUGAAGGAAAUUCGUCAUUGUUACGAGACGUCACACUGCUCUCUGUCGAAGUCAAUACUAAUCACUUAACGAUGAAAUCCUACAGUGUUCAAUGUGAUUCUACCUUUGCUUCUAUUACAGCUGUAUUAAGUGAUGGAGGAAAUGCUGAUAUUAAAGUUUUCCCACCUCAAG